ACCUGGCCUUAUAAUUUCGAUUACAAUGAAGUUUGGUCCUAUCUUAUUGGAGGUCCCAUGCCAAACUUUGCACGCUGUAUACAAUUGUGGUGUCGGAUUUAAACAAACCCUCUGACAGCAUUCCUUAAUCUAAAUCGACGCCUCCUCAUAGAAUAAUCCUACCUGACAGAGUAGAUUCAAGACAACCUUAACUGUUAAAACAGAUCCAAGAUAAUUCUAACUGUAAGUGCAGAUUUAGGACUAGGCUUAUUGCAGAGGUGCCUGAAAGUGUGAACAAACUUUCGUCUGUGCCAAUCAGUGAAUCGCGAUUUCUCUCAAAUACUAUGUCCACAUAUAGGAUGAAUUUUUUAGCAAGUCCUUCGGCACGUAAUUUUAUGAAGUAUGUGGGCGUCACGGAAUUUCACGUCAUGUGCGGUUAAAGUUGAGAUUGUCCUUGGAUCUGCGCCGACAGUUAGGACUGCCAUGGAUCUGCUCUGACAACAAGGAUUAUUCUGUCAGGCAUCGGAAUGUUGUGUUGUUGUUUUCUGAUGAAAACUCCAUGGGAUACUCUGAAAACCCAGCUCACUUCUUUCGCCGCUGUGCAAGCCAUGCAGGACGAGGUGGUGAUAUCUGGCGUGGGCGGCCACUUCCCGGAGUGUGACAACCUCCAGGAGUACCGCGAAAAGCUGCUGCGGAACCUGCAUCUCAUCAGCGAUGGCGCGGGUGACCUGCAGCCGAGAUACACCGCCGGGUCGCCACCCCCCGACCCAAGCGCCACCUUCACCCGGGAGAACAUGAAGAGCGGCAAGGUGCGCUGCGGGGACAAGUUCGACAACACUUUCUUCGGCAUCCACUCCAGGCUGGCGGCGGUCACGAGCUCCACCAUGCGGCUUGUCCUGGAGUCCACCGUGGAGGCCGUCCUCGAUGCAGGCUACAGCCCCAAGGACCUGCAGGGCUCCAACACGGUCGUCUGCAUGGGCUACCACUGCACCGAGUCAGAGGCCAACUUCAUCCAAGAGUCCUCGGACGGCUUCGGCAUCAUGGGGCUCAACUCGGCCAUGAUCGCCAACCGCGUGUCGUACUGGCUCGACCUCAAAGGCACCAGCUUCGUGCACAACACGCAGCUCGUGAGCGGCAUGCAGGGCCUGCACCUGGCCGUGCGCGCCAUCCGCAACGGCGAGUGCGACCGCGCCAUCGUGGGCGCCGCCUCCAUGUCGUACUUGUCGGAGCUGGCGUCGCACUACGACGACAUGGGCUGGCUCAGCCCCACGGGCUGCUGCAGGCCCUUCGACGAGGCGGCUGACGGCGGCGUGCGCAGCGAGGCCGUGGUGGUGCUGGUGCUGGAGCGUGCGCGCACGGCGCGCCGCGCGUACGCCGAGGUGGUGCACACGACCUCGGCCCUCUACGCCGAGCUCUCCCGUUCGGAGCUGCCCGACAUCGAGCACCGCGUCCUGAGCCGCCAGCUCAGCAGCAUCUACGACGACUGGGGCGUGGACCCGGACCACAUCGCGUACGUGGAGACCGACGGCUGGGGCGUAGGCGCCGUCGACGCGGCCGAGCUGGGCGCCCUGGACGACGUCCUCGGCCGCCGCCGCGCGCGCCCGCUGCUCGUGGGCUCCGUCAAGGGCAACAUCGGGCAGACCGAGGCCGCCAGCGGGCUGGUCAGCGUCUGCAAGGUCCUGGUGGCCAUGGAGUCCGGCACCAUCCCCGCCACCCUGAACCACGUCCGCGCCAACAACAAGAUCGCCGCCAUCAAGCAGGGCCGCAUCAAGGUGGUCGCCGACAACACGCCCCUGCCGCCCGGGAUGGUGGCCGUCAACAACAUGGGCCUGGGGGGCAUCCUGGGGCACGUGCUGCUGCGGCCCAACCCGCGCGUCAAGAAGGUCGAGAAGGCCCUCGGCGCGGCCCCCGCCCCCACCGCCGCGAGCCAGGGCCCCAUCCCCAAGCUGCUGCUGCUGUCGGGACGCACCCCCGAGGGCCUGGAGGGCGCCAUGAAGUUGGCCGAGAGCAACGCCUCAGACCCGGAGUACGUCCACCUGCUGCACCGCGCCUUCUCCUCCAACAUCCCCGGCCACAUGUACCGCGGAUUCUCUGUGGUCCCCAAGGGCGAUGACGCGCGCCCCGCACAGAUCAAGGCUUACAACGGCCAGAAGCGCCCCGUGUGGUUCGUGUACUCCGGCAUGGGCAGCCAGUGGGCCGGCAUGGGCGCUGACCUGAUGCGCAUCCCCGUGUUCGCGGCCGCCGUGGAGCGCUGCCACAACACCCUGGCGCCGCUCGGCGUGGACCUAAAGCACAUCAUCAGCACCAAGGACCCUAAAAUCUUCGACAACAUCCUCCACUCCUUUGUGGGCAUCGCCGUCGUGCAGAUCGGCCUGACGGACGUGCUGCGUGCCGUGGGCGUGGAGCCCGACGGCAUGGUGGGCCACUCGGUGGGGGAGCUGGGCUGCGCGUACGCCGACGGCUGCAUCACGGCCGAGCAGAUGAUCCUGGCGGCACACGCGCGCGGCCAGGCCACCAACGAGACCAAGCUCGUCCCGGGCAUGAUGGCCGCCGUGGGCGUCGGCUACAAGGACGUCAAGGCCAUGGUCCCCGAGUCCAUCGACAUCGCCUGCCACAACUCUUCCACCAGCUGCACGCUGUCGGGCCCCGCGGCCGACAUGGACGCCUUCGUGGCGCAGCUCAAGGCGAAGGGCAUCUUCGCGCGCGCCGUCAACGUGAGCAACGUGGCGUACCACAGCCGCUACAUCCAGCCGGCCGCGCCGCGCCUGCUGGAGCUGCUCAAGGGCGUCAUCCUGGAGCCGAAGAAGCGCUCCUCGCGGUGGAUCUCCACGUCCGCGCUGCUCACCCGGGCCCGCGAGCACGACGUGCAGUACGCCUCGCCGCAGUACUUCACCAACAACCUGCUCAGCUCGGUGUACUUCGAGGAGGCCUGCGACCAGGUGGACAGGGACGCCCUGGCCAUCGAGAUCGCCCCCCACGGCCUGCUGCAGGCCAUCCUCAAGCGCUCCCUGCACCAGGACGUGGUGAACGUCGCCCUCACCAAGCGCGACAUGCCCGGCGCAGGCUUGGUGCUGGACGCGCUGGGCAACAUGUACAUGGAGGGACUGAACCCGGAUGUGGCCAAGCUGUACCCGGCCGUCGCCACCCCCGUGUGCAGGGACACCUCGCCCUUGGCCCCACUCGCCACCUGGGACCACCGCGACACCUGGGCGCUCAACUUCCUCAAAGCCACCGCCGAGGGAGGCCCGCGCUACGAGAUGCGCCUGCCGCUGGCUUUGGCGACUGCCGAGUUGAGCCACCUCGCAGACUGCACGUGGAACGGACACACCCUGCUCAGCCCCGCCACCUGCUUGAGCCUUGUUCUGUCAGUCGUAUCCACCCACGCGCCACAGGGCUGCCCCAUCGUCCUGGACAACGUCGUCUUCUUUGACUUCGAGGUGGUGCCCCAAGAGGGGGAGACGAAGGUGUACGUGUCGGUGCAGCGAGGCAGCGGCCGCUUCGAGGUGAGCGUGAAGGACCGCGUGAUCUGCACUGGCCGCUCUGUUGUCAUCUCGGAGCACGACGAGCCGCCCCUGGGCCCGGCCGCCGCAGUCCCGCCCGAAGACAGGGCGCAGGUGGACGCGGACGCCGUGUACGAGGAGCUGGGCCGUCGCGGCCUGCAGUGCCGCGGCGCGUACCGCAGCCUGGCGUGGCUGCAGCGGGGCGCGCGCGCCGUGCUGGGCGGCACCGCGAGCCGCGAGGACGACGAGCAGUGCGUCGAGGCGGUCCGCGCGCUGCAGCUGGAGACGCUGCUGCAGGUGGUGACGCUGGAGCGGUCCGAGGGGCGCCACGAGCUGCACGUGCCCAAGCGCAUCCAGAAGGUCGUCUUCGAGCCGGCGCAAGUGCUGCCGGCGGGCUCGCAGGACGCGCUGCACUUCGACUUGCUGCGGCGCUGCGUCAGCCUGUGCUCGCCGCGCGGCCGCCUGGCCGUGGUGCAGGUGGACACGCAGCCCUUGCCGCUGCCGGCCGCCUUCCCGCCCAUCCUGGUGCAGACCAGGGCGUUCCUCGCGUACGCGGAGGCCGCCGCCAAGGACCUGGAGCACCUGUGCUCGCUGGCGCUGCAGCUCGCGUCGCUGCAGGGCCGCAGCCCCUUGCUGGUGGCGGCCGUCGCGGGGCGCAGCGCGCUGCCGGACGCCGUGGCGAGGACCGCGCAGCAGCAGCUGCCCGACCUGCAUGUUCGCGUGGGCAGCGCGGCCGACGUGGUGGACAGCGCCACCCUGGAUGCCGUGCGCCGCCAACGCGGCCUCCUGCUGGCCGAGCUGCCGCCAGGCUUCUCCCCUCCCCCCGAGCUGCGGCUGCUGCUGAGCGUGCGGCAGGGCGGGCGGCGGUACGCGCUGCUGAAGCACGCCGAGGCCGUGGACCUGGGCAGCGAGGUGCUGCACGUGGAGGGCGGCGAGGCCGCGCUGCCGCUGGAGCGCCUGCUGCUCUGCCGCACCGGCGAGGCCUACCUCGUGUUCCGCGGCGUGCCCAUGCUGGCCGUGCCCGACGUCCUCAGCACGCUGGCAGCGGCCCCUGGCGGCCACCGCGCGCACUGCGUGUUCCUGCAGGACGCCGGCGCGCCCCCCUUCGCCCUGGACACGCCCAUGUACGCGGCGCAGCUGCGCCUGGGGCUGCGCGUCAACAUCCUGCAGGGCGGCCGCUGGGGCUGGCUGCCGCGCGUGCAUCUGGCCAACCUGAGCGGCGGCGGCGAGGACGGGCCGCGCCUGCAGCGCACCCGGCAACUGCACAUGGACAGCCUGCAGGUCCGGUGCCUGGGCGUCAACCCUUACAGUGACGCGGCCGAGGACGGGCGCACGGCCGUGGGGCUGCUGGACUACGCGGGCGUGCGCGCGGCCGGCGUGCGCGUGAUGGGCGUGUGCGCGUCGAGCGCGGGGCCGCUGCAGCCCGACGCCGUGCUGGAGUGGGCCGUGCCGCCCGGCUGGGCCGACGAGGCCGCCGCCACCGUGCCGCUCGCCUACGCCACGGCCGCGCACGCGCUGCACCAGCAGCUGUUCGUCCGGCGCGGGGAGCGCGCCCUGGUGGUGGACGGCGCCUCCGCGCUGGGCCACGCCGCCAUCGCGCUGCUGCUGCGCGCGCAGUGCCGCGUGGUGGCCACGGUCAAGGACCGCCAGGAGGAGGCCGCCCUGCGCGCCCAGUUCCCCCACGCCGCGCUGGACACGGUCGUCGGCACCGCCAGGGACUUCCCGGCCGCGCUGGCCAGCCGCUUCGGCGCCAGGGGCUGCGUGGACGUGGCGCUGACGCAGGGCGGCGGCGAGGCCUUCAAGAGCGUCUUCGGCAUCAUGAACAAGUUCAGCCGCCUGGUACACGUGGGUGCCGGCCUCACGGAUGUUGGCAGCAGCGUGGGUCUGUCCAACUUCCUCCUCAACGUUUCGGCGUACUCCUUGGCUUGGGACUGGCCGCUCAAGGCGCGCCAGGACACCAAGAGACGCGUGCAGGAAGUGGUGCGCGCCGCCAUCGAGGACGGCACCGUGCGGCCCCUGCCCUUCCACGCGGCUCCCCUGCACACGCUGGCCGGGUCGCAGAGGCGCGUGGCGGAGGGCGCGGGCAAGGUGGUGCUGUCCGUGACCUCGGACGGCCGCAGCGCCCCGCCGUUGGACGCGAGCCGCGGCUGCCUGGUGGUGGCCCCGGCCGCCAAGGCCGUGUCCCUGGCUGAGUGGCUGCUGUCCAUCGGCGCCAGGGACGUCAGCCUGGCCCCCAGCACGGCGGUCGGCGCGGCCAGCGCGUGGCUGGCGCGUCGCUCGGCCCAGCUCGCCGCGCACUACGGCGCCACGGUGCGCGCGCUGCAGCCUGCCGGCCCACAGCAGCUCGUCGAGGCGGCCGGCCGGCAGUCGCCCCUGGGGCUGGUGGUGACUCUGGAGCAGCCCGCCGAGCGCGUGCGUGCGCUGGACGCGGCGACGCGCGCGCCGCGCUGCACGCUGGUGGCGCUGGCGGAGGGCAAGCAGGACCUGGGCGCGCUCCUGGACGUGGUGCGGCGUCGCAAGGACGACGGCCUGCCCGGCGUGCUCGCCGUCAUCGGGGACCUCCCCACGGACGUGCGCACCGUGCCGCUGGCCGAGGCCCUGCGCUGCGCGAGCGACUCCGGCGUGCACACGGUGGAGGCGAUGCAGAUGGCGGCGGCGGACGGUGCCCACCACGCCGGCAGCCCCGGCAGGAAUGACGGCGGCCUCGGCGGCGGCGCGCUGUCGGACUUGCUGCCCGACUCGGUGGAGGCGCUGCGCAGGCUGGGCCAGGCCCUGCAGGACGGCGUGGCCACGCGCGUGCUGCCGUCCCUCAUCGGCGGCGGCUCCAAGGACCGCCGGAACAAGGAGGUGCCGCCCGUGUUCUUGGUGGCCGGCUUGGGCGACUCGCCGGCCAGGGAGCUGAGCUCCGUGGCGCGCUACAUGUACGCCUCGGCCGUGGUGGUGUCUCCGCCGCGCGGCGCGUCGACCGUGGAGGAGGCGGCGGCCGCCGUGGCCGAGGCCGUGGAGCGCGCGCAGCCCAGCGGCCCCUACACCGUGGCGGGCCGCGGCUGGGGCGGCUGCGUCGCCCUGGAGGUGGCGCGAGUGUUGGCGCAGCGCCGCGGCUGCCACGUGACCGCCUUCCUGCUGGACGCCUCGACCAACGCCAUGCAGGCCGCCGUCAGGCCCCUGCAGAGCCAGCCGGGCGGGCUGGCCACCGCCCUGCUCAAGUACCUCCUCAAGCUGGACCGCAAGGCCGAGGAACGCGUUUGCCGCGCGUCCUCCUGGCCGGCGCAGGUCCGGGAGGCGCUGGGCCGCGACGACGCCGUGCUGGAGGCGGCCCUGGACUGCGUGCACCGGCGCGUCCAGGGCCUCGUCGACUACCAGCCCGCGCGCCGAGGCCCCCUCGACCCCAAGGUGGCCGUCACCCUUAUCAGCAAGCAGCCCUACCACCUCGAGUCGCCCACAGUCACGGAGGUGGUGUCCGAGGUGCGCACCCACGCGCUGCUCCCCUCGAUGGAGGACACGCUCGCGGCGCCCCGGCAGGCGGGCACGGCCAUCAGCGCGGGCGUGCACGUGGGGCGCACCAACAUGCGACAGCGGCGCCCCAUUCCCCUCGCCGCCAACUACUAGUGCCCCCACACUCUCGACUCGUACUGAGUUCUUUCUCAAUAACGAAUUGACGUCUGUGCGCAUUAGUAAGCGUGUCAACAUUUUUGUAUGUUUCACAAAAAAUAUUAUCAGUUUCGUUUCAACUAGUUCACAUCUAGGUGUAUGGGAAUUGUAGGAAUUUUGCUAGACCACUGUAUGGUAAAAUUCCGAUCACUUUUUACAGAGUUUACACAUCUAAGUUCCUAUGGAAAUAGCUGGGUACGACACGUUCGUGAGAGUGCACUCGUGAGUACAGUCCAAACAGUGUACUUGUGAGUUCGUAGUUUUUUAUUUCGCACCUCUCCCGCCUAUAUUCAUGGGAUGAUUUCUUCUCUAGGCUUCUUCAAGCGUUUAGUCUUCGAGCGUGGUUUUAGGCUUGAAUAAAGCGUACAACUCGCUUCAGUUUUGCCAGUGACAUUGUGUCAACGUUUACUCUCUCUCAAGGAAUCCCCCAUUAAAAGAGUUUAUAAGCGCAAAAUCUCUACGCCGCUCCCUUGCCGUCCCACCGCGGGCGCACAGUACCGCCACCCUUCGCGACAGAGACUGCCGGGCGGCCGUCCGCCGUCAGAUUGGGCUGCAACGAAUGGUAGCCGUUUGACGGAAAAAAGCUUGAGACCCUCCUGUGAGGGUAGUAAAAGUGCCUGUGUAACAUAAGUAAUAGUGUAUGUAAAAAUAAUAAUAAUAAAGUUUCAUGGAUGUCGUCAGUCAGGGCUUUGUUUGUGAAAGAAGAGUGAGCGUGAAACGGAAUUAAUUUACUUUCAAUGUUAUUUUGAAAAAAUAAAAAAAUAAAUAAAAAUGCUUUAUUUUGAUGAAG